CUUGAUAUUGUCGUCGCGUUCUCCUGCAGUGAAGGCACUCUAAAUUACGCGGAGAGUUAUUUGGAUAUCCAGGGCAUUCUUCAUGAGAUAAAUGAUAAUGCGCCAAUGUUUCCUCAAGAUGAUUGCAAGAUAUCUUUAUUUGGUUGUUAUGUGGCCGAUGGUGGCGAUCACCAUUCAAUAAAGGUUGGAACUGAAACUGCUGGUCCGGGAACUUACCGUUCUGGGAAAAAUAAGAGAAUUGCAGAAAUCAACUGGAUCCAACUUGGCAAUGAUCAUUCAGUGGUGCAUGGUAGGGAUAUAGCACCAAUUCCUAAGUUGAAAUGUUUAAAAUGGAGAGGGGUAGCUAUAACCCAGUUAGAUGUCCAUUGAAUUCAGGUAAUAGUAUAUGAGACUCCCCAAUUCAGGAAUCAUCAUUAUUCGCUUGGUUAUUCUCCAGCUGAGCAUGUCAGAUCCUCUAUAAAGAAACCAAUGUGGGCUCAGAAUCUUUACCAAAAAAGAAGCCAUAUUGAAUUGGAAGAAUACUGUGAUUCAGACUAUUAACACUGCUGGUGCCGCUAAAGUCCGUUUUGAGUCGCAUUUUCCUGCCAAAAGAUCCAGUACUGCAUUUCAUGUUUUUUCCAUGUUCACAAAUUUUUGCUGGCUAUUAUUUGCCACAACUCUAGCAUCGCUGUCAACAUUCUUGUUUUCAGUUCUUCAGUCCUUCCUCACUGCUUGGAGCUAUGUGUCACGCUGGUCUUUUGUACACACCAUAUUGGGUAUUUUGUUUCAUAAGACCUGCAAAAAUUUAGAGGUCCGCUGCCCCCAGCUACUGUUUUGGCCAGUUUUUCUUCAAGGUUCCGGUGUCAGGUGUCAACCUUGUGUGGAGUAUUCUGAAAUGGCAGCAUUUCGUAGACACUUUGUGUGGUCUAGUCUUUUUGUUGAUCUUCUUCUAGGAAAUGUGCUUGGCAUUCUAUUGUCUUCUCAAGCAGAAGCUGUUUGCUCAUUCAUUUUGAGUUUAGCUGAUGGCAUAACCAACCAUGUUCUGCGUACUGGUUGUGUAUGGCUGAUGGGAAACCCAGCUGGUUUCAAGUUGAAUGCUGAGUUAGCCGGUGUCCUUGGAAUGGUUUCUCUUAAUGUUGUUCAGAUAUGGUCCACUGUUUGGUCAUUUAUAAAUUCCUUUUUGCCUUAUCUCCUGAAAACAAUUGCUGUAUGUGGCCGUAUUUUUGGUCUGACUACUGCUUCUGCUUUGACCAUUGACAUAAUCUCAUUAGCAACGUUCCAUUUGUCUGCUCUUCAUUGGUUACUUUCACUACUCUAUUCAAGGCAGAUACAAUUUAUAUCAACUUUGUGGCGCUUUUUCAGAGGUAGGAAAUGGAAUCCUCUUCGGCAGAGAUUAGAUAGCUGCGGUUACACAGUGGAACAACAUGUUAUUGGCUCUCUUCUGUUUACUCCUCUCUUCCUUUUGUUACCAACUGUUACUGCAUUCUAUAUUUUCUUCACGAUUAUAAAUGCAAGUCUAGGGUUGAUUUGCAUAGUUAUUGAUUUGGGGAUAUUAGUUAUCCACGUCACACCAUAUACUAAAGUUGCUCUUUGGUUGCUGAGGAAGAAACGAUUUCCUUGUGGUAUAUGGUUUGAGAUUGCAGCUCUUCAAUGUGAUUUGACAACCUCUUUACACAUUGGGUCUUCAGAUGAAACCGUCAAUCUGGUGGCCAGCAGAAAUUGUUACAGAUCAUCUGGUGUGGUUUUGUUUUUGCGAGGCAACUAUUUGAGCUUAAGAGAAGUGGUUUGGCCCCAUUAUAGUUGUGUGUUUUCAGCAGUUUCAAGGUCGUCCAUGGCAUCAUCAGCCUACAGAGUUCUAACAGGAAAACGUAUUUCCUACACACUAGGCACACGUGGGCUACCCAGGAAGCUGCCAUGGAUGGCCGUUCCAUACAAAGUUUACUGGCACCUCUGUUGCGAUGCAAUCCUUUCUUGCGGGAAAGACUGAAAGCCAUGUUGUGGCGGCGUUAAUCGAGGAUGAUGCUUGGUUAAUAUAAUAUGGUGGUUUGAUCGAGUGAUGAUGAUAAUGAUGGUUAUGAUGAUGAUGAUAAUGAUAAUGACAAUGAUGAUGGUUAAUAUAAUAUGGUGGUGGUUUGAUAUGUUUUAUGAGAUGUAGUUUAUUCGUUCUUUUGUUUAUAGCUUAGGGCCUGCUUUAAAAAAAGUAAUCAGGUUAUUCAGUCAGUGAUUAUGAAUUUAUGAUAAAAAGAAAUGAGAUUAAACUAAGGAACAAAGCGUUGUUUCAGCUAAAGAAACUAUUAAAGAAAAGGUUUAG